GAUGACGAAGACAGAUACCACAUACCUAAAGCAACUGGUGAAGAAAAGGGCGAGACGCUAAUGCAAAGUGCGGCACGGCCCGUAAAGUGUGACUUUGUGAUUUACCAAAGGACCAAAUCUUUUCCAUCUUUCUUUCUCUUCUUUUAUCUACAAAACUUGUCUAGGUAUACACCUAGGUAAACACGUAGUAGGCUAAAGAGGGAAAAGAAAAAAAAAAGGCAACAGCAUCCAUCUUAAACCAUGGCACCCUUCGCGGUCCCCGUCCCCGCCUACCGCCUCGGCAUCCCCCAACACAUCAUCGGCGGCAGCGGCGCCCGCACCAAACGGCAAAAAACCAUCGACGAGCUGGAUUCCCCCGAGCCGGAGUGGGAUACCCGCUCGUUAGCAUCGUCGUCGCAACCACCUGGCUCCAUCAACCCGCUCAGCCACUCCCCGGACACCCUGCGCCAGCUCGCCGUCGCGGGGCUCGCGCCGGAGGACGAGCUGCCGUCGAAGGCGUUUCCUCUGUUUCCGCAUAAGCGGUUGCCGUUGGGGCUCAGACGACGGCCGCGGCUUCGUGGGGAAACUGUUGAUGAUGAUGAUGAUGAUGAUGAUGGAGAUGGUAAUGGUAAUGGUAAUGGUGGGAAGAGCGAAGGUGAAGGUAAGGGUUAUGACGAUGAUGGUUUAGGAGGACCUGUGGCGGCGCGCCAGCACAAGGACCCGACAUCGAUGCGGUUCGCGGACCGCAUGCGACACCUGAGCACGCUGACGGCCAUCAUGCACCGCUGCCUCGGCGAGGGCGACAUCGCGCGCGCCAAGCGCGCCUUCGGCCUCCUCGUGCGGACGCGAGACGUCGAUGUGCGGCAGGGCGGGCUCUGGGCCGUCGGGUCCGAGAUCUUGAUGCGGGACGGCGAAACGAACCGCUGCCGCCGCCAGCAAAGCCAGGCGACUGUUGUUGGUAAUAAUGAUGGUGAAGAACAACAACAACAACAACAACAACAACCAGAAGAAGAAGAAGAAGAAGAAGAACAAGCAGAGGGAAGGGAAGAAGUCCCUCCACGCCCCCGCCGCUGGGGCUCCCCCGCCAACAUCGACAAAGUCCGCCUCUACCUCGAGAGCCUGAUCCACCAGCACCCGCACGACCCGCACCGCCCCCACCUCACCAGCGCCCUCGACUUCUGGCCCGCCCUCUUCGCCAUCGAGCUCUACAACCUCGACGCCGAGUUCCGGCACGCCGUCGCCCAGCUCCGCGCUUCCCAGCAGGAGGACGAAGAAGAAGAAGAACAACAACAACAACAGGAACUCUCUUUCUCGUCUUCCGGGAUGGGGAUGGGGGAAAGCGGGCUCGACGACUUCUCGGCAGACGAACCCCAGCAGCGCGCGCGGCGCGAAGAGGCGUCCCGCCGCGCGGCCAAGCACGACGAGCUGCGCCGCGAGACCCGCGCCGUCGCCGAGCGCGUCGCCGCCCGCAUCGACCUGCUCAUGGACACCGCCGCCCCCUUCGCCGCCCACCGCGAGCUGCUGCGGCUCCGCGCCAACCUGGCCCUGUUCGUGGGGGACCUGCACCUGCCUUCGCGAUUGCUCCUUGACGAUGAUGAAGGUGGGGGAGGGCCGAUCGAGGAACGUAUGGAGGGGCUGUCGUUGCGUAAAGGGGAGGGGGAGGGAGAGGGAGAGGACGGACUACGUGCUCGUGCCGAGACGUCGGAGGAGCGGCAGGCGCUUGCGAGGAGGAAGGAGGAGCAGAGGCGGGCGCGGGAGUUAUUUCAGAAGAUAGUGGAUGGGGGUGGGGAGGUGGAUGGUUGGGUGAGGAAGUUCAUGCGUAUGGGUGAAGAGGAAGAAGAAGAAGAGGAGGAGGAGGAGGGGGAGGGGGAGGGGGAGGCUGGUUUCGAUACCUGGUAGUUGCAUGUAUAGGCACUUGUCCUUUUCUUUUCCUUUGUGGUUUCGUAGAUUUAUCUUGAUACCCCCAUUCAAAGUCGAUAUUUGGAUUCGUUUGAGCGAAUCAUUCUAGUAAUCGGUCUUCAAGUAUCUGGAUUACAUACUCUCCUUAAUGCCCCUAUAUACCUACAUAGGUGAGUGUAGGUAUCUAUAACAGGACGGGGGGAAACCAUCAGCUUUCUUGUACAAUGCCCCCGAGCUCUCGCGCGGAAUCUAUAAACAUCAACAGUUCGAACGAAGUCUAAUAGGUACACCUAAUAGGCAAAUAUGCACAGCUAUUCUACCACCACACUUAACAAGAUCAACUCCAGCCUUCCCAUUAAUCUCCAUUACGACCUCUCGAUUAUCGCAAAGAUGCCUGAGA